AUGUCGACAGCUAGAUAUGCGACUAGCGAUCUCGGCGUUAGCUCUUCCUCAAAUCCCACCAACGCUGUGCAAACUAGUACAUCCGCCCUACUGAACAACAUGGGUACAGCGGCUGUAGCUUGGCAAUCAGCUGUUUGGCACUAUCAGCACCGUUAUCGCCAUGCUCAACAUGAACAACAGCAGUUCGCGUGGGACGAGUCGAGCCGUCUAUGUGACUACACUCAUCUACAUUCUUAUGCCUAUGACUUUCAUUUACGCACAAUAGAGAGCUACCUCGCCAGUAAAUGUUCUACUCGGAUGAUUUUUUUCAAAGUAUCAUUAUCUACUUGUCCAUUUGUAUGGCUGCAAUAG